UCAGCACCCAUAUGGCAGCUCACAACUGUCUGUAACUCCAGUUCUAGGGGAUCUGAUACCUGACACAGACACCAAUGCACAUAAAACAAAGUUAAAAAGUAAAAUAAAAAGAAUGGCAAAUGAGAGCUGAGAUCUGUGGUGAGGGGAUAUGUAUGGAGUACCCCCCUCCCAAAGCUUUUGAGGAAGAGACCAUUACUUAACCAGCACAGUGUUUCAUUAGAACAGGUUGAAGGUUGUGGGAGGCCAGAUGUCAGGAAACAGGCUGGACAUCGCUACAGUUAUCACCACAGGCCUCUCCAGCCAGACCUAUGGUCUUUCCCUGUACUUCCUCUCUGAGUCUUCCCAGCCCAGAUAUGCAGCCUUCUUGUCAAACUUAAAGCCCAAAAUAGUACAGGCUGUCCUCUGGCUCUACCACAUGUUAUCAAAAGGAAGCCAGUGCCUAGGAUGCAUGGGACUUGUGAGAUUCAAGUUCAGUGAUUAGAAGUGUGUGUUGUGUAUCAAGAGUCCCUACCAAAUUUAUGGACAACCCUACAUCAUAGGCCAAGACUAAUCUGUAUCAGCCCUGGUUCCAGUUCCUCAGCAAAGAUUCUCAUGCAUACUCCUACACCAUGUGCUCCGCAGUCUCUUCUCUGAGUGCUUAGACAGAUGACAUCCCAAAAAGGAGGAAAAGCAAAAGUCAAGGACCUCUGUCUUCGAGGAGACUUGUGCCCAGGCAGGAAUGGCAAUCUCUGAGCAUUCAUACUGGAAGGAUGAGGAAAGGGGUUGUUUCCUGCCAGGAUAAGUGCAUUCCUGUAUUGUGUCAUCCUGCAGAGAGGGACCAAGAGAGCCCUUGGAACAGAGACCCACAGGGAGGGGAAGUGAGUAGGGGUAGGCUGGAGUGGCUGGCAUUAGCGAUUUCUCUACAAGGGUGGAGAACCACUUCUUCAAAAGACCCACUGGGACCCCAGCAAGAAGCCAUCUUCCUUCUUCCCAACUUCCUAUAGGCUUUUCAGUCGUUUUCAGAAGCAGCAAACAGGAGUCCUUAAGAAAGGCCAGAAGCAUUUGCAGUGGAAAAAGUAAAUAAAUAGGGAUAAAGGGUUUGGACAGGAACCACGCUCCCCAUCUGGGGUCAAAACACAGAGAGAAGUCCUGCUCCAGGGCCUUGGUAGAAAGAAGAUAGCUGUCACUUUUUCCUGCCUGUUCAAUCUGUAGCCGUAUCUCCUGGCAACAGGAAAUCAUCACUUUCCAAAAGCUAAAAUCUGAGAGUAGCCACGGGGCAGUUCUUUUUGUUUUGUUUUUGCUUAAAAAGCUCAGGAAGCCCUUGCUGACAUUCUUGCUUGGGGGCCCAGAAUUUAAACUUAGUCACUGUCCGGAGCCCUUGUUUUAGGAAAGAAUGAGAUUGCUGUUGCAUAACUUGGAAUUGUACUGUCGGGGUGGGGUGGGGUGUAGCAAUCCCACUUCUUCCUUGAGACUGUCAGGGAGUGCUGGGGACUUGCUCACCCCUGCCUAGGGUAGAACUAUGCCUAGGGGUGAACAGGCACUGCCGUGGAUGGGUCCACUGGAGGUGGCCAGGCAAAUGAUCCUAGAAGUACUGAAAUUCUCAGGCCAGUCCCUUCCCAAACCUUGUGGGCACAGAACAAUCUGAGAAUUCCAGAAGACCAAGGAAUGACUAGAGAAAGGAGAAAGCUUGAGGAAAGAGAAAUAAUAGAGGGACAACUGUCCCCCAAAACAUCUAGAAUACGAUCACCUACUUUUACUUUACUCACACCCUCCAGGAGUUCAAGACCCCCUUUCCCUGCCACUUUUCCCUUGGCGCUCAGAGGCUCUCAGCAAUACUAGGGUUCCUACAAUUUACUCAAGGCGCAUUCCUGGUCCUUUCCUCAUUUCACCGCUGCUCCCUCAACCUUUUUUGUUAUCUUCCCACAGACUAGAUUCUGUUUUGUUUUGAGACCUGGAGACUUUUAUUUUGCCUCUUCUCCACAUUAUUCUCUCCUCUCUCUGGGUCUGCUCUUGCCCCUGGUAGGAGCUUCUGCCCAGAUGCCAAUUACAUCUCUCCUAGUAGCGUUUACCAUCCAUCCUCUCCACCAGUUUCCUUCUCGGUUCACAUUUAGCCCCCCACCCCUUUUCAUCUGCAGGAGUACCUACGGGUCCUUCACUUUCCUCAUUUCAAAUACAUGCAUGCUAACUGGAUUUCACUGUCCUUCCCUUCACGCCUCCCUAUCCCACAGUCCCCUUUAGCCAGAUGUACAGCUCCCAAAUUCCGGGCGAGAUUCCCAGGAACAAAGCAAGAAAAAAAAAUAUCAGAACAAUUUGGGAAGUAAACAGCUGAGAAGAAGUAGGGAGGGAAAAGCCUAGCGGACCCAGGUGGGUGGCCCUCCAGUCCACCCAGUUUAGGGAAUGCCCCUGCCCCUUCCCCUCCCCCUUCACCUGGGUUUUAAGGGAGGGGCUUUGAAGAGCUGCUGGAGCAGCAGUCCGCAGCAGCUGCACUACACUCUCUGGAAGGAGUGCACUGGGCAAAAACUCGGACCAUGACCCGGGACAGGCUGCCCCCUCUGCCGCUGCUGCUGAUGCUAACUCUGUUGCUCGCUGCGAGCCCAGGGUCCGCCUUAACGCGGUGUCCCGGCUGCGGGCCAGGGGUGCAAAGCAGCUGUCGCGGGAGCUGCCUGGAGGAGGAAGACGCGGGGUUGCCUGCAGAGGGUUGUGCAGAAGCCGGGGGCUGUCUCAGGAGAGAGGGGCAACCGUGCGGGGUCUACAUCCCUAAGUGUGCCCCAGGACUGCAGUGCCAACCACGAGAGAAUGAAGAGGCACCUUUGCGGGCGCUGUUGAUGGGCCAGGGCCGCUGUCACCGCGCCAGGGGGCCGUCGGAGGAGACAACAAAGGAAAGUAAACCCCAUGGAGGUGCCUCCCGCCAACGUGACACAAGUCACAGAGACCAGCAGAAGAAUCCAGGGACCUCCACCACCCCCAUAAGGCCCAAUCCAGGGGGUGUUCAUGACACUGAGAUGGGCCCUUGCCGAAGACACUUGGAUUCAGUACUGCAGGGCCUCCAGACUGAGAUCUUCCGAGGGGGUGCGCACGGACUCUACAUGCCCAAUUGUGACCUCAGAGGCUUCUACAGAAAGCAGCAGUGUCGGUCCUCUCAGGGGAAUCGCCGUGGACCUUGCUGGUGUGUGGAUCCGAUGGGCCGGCCCUUGCCAGUGUCUCCAGAUGGCCAUGGAAGCUCACAGUGCUCUGGCAAGAGCAGUGGCUAAAGCAGGGUGGGGAGCCUCCAGGAUACUGUCAAGAGUGCAGGGCUGUCAUCUGAGCUAUGUGUAGAGUGAUGAGUCACCAGGGGCUUUGUGCCCCAUGUCCUACCUUCAGGCCCUGUCCCAUUGUUCCCCUCACCCUUGGGCCUUUACACAUUUAGUUAGAAAAAUUGUUAUUGGCUUCGGGUACUAAUAAAGCUGUGUCGGGGGUCUCUGCUUUA